AUGUACAAAAAUAUUUCAAAUCGUGGGGAGGUUACAAAAGAAAAAAUCAAGAACGCGGUCGAGAAAGGGGCUUACACAUUUGAACGAACAGGAAAUGAUGAGUUCUCUGUCACCUUGACUUACCCAUCCCGGGUAAAGAAGGUGAAGCCAUAUUCUUUAAGCGAUUUACAGGAUUUAAGAUGGCGCGCAUUAUUAAUUGCAAAACCUAGCGUGAGAAUAGAUACCGAUGUAGAUACCGAAGAGCAUAGGGCAAGGGCAAUGAUAAUGGACGAAUUUGUUCGGCAAGUUGAUAUUGUGUAUGAGAUUUGUAACGUUGGAACUAAAAUAAUACAGGUUGGGCACUUUGGAUAUCGGCAAUUCAAGAAGGAAAUCUCGGAUGACAAUAAAACGAAAGAAUUGAUUGAUUUACUUAAAAAAUUUAAAGGCGAAUUAAAAGAAUGGAAUGAUAUUGUUAAUCGCGCGCAAGAAGAUCAUUACUAUCUGACGUUUUUUCCGGCUCGUUAUAUUCUCAUCUUCCUUGACUAUUUUACCGGAGAGGAAAAUAAUGAAGAGAGUUGCGAAACCCUUAUAAAAUUUGUCAGCAAUAAAGCCAGAAUGCCGUCCAAGAAGGAAAUCUCUAAUGUUUCACGUGGAAAGAAAGAUCAUUACUUGGUCCUUUGCGAGAUUGGCGCUAAACUAAAAAAUAUUUUUGCCAAUAUUCCGAUCCAAUCAAUUCCACUUAGAACUAGAGGAAAAUUAAUUACUUCUGAUUUAGUACUUGAAGGAAAGCUAUUUGUUGCUCGUUGCAAAAACAAUUUAUUCAUUCCUAACGUUAUAAUGUCGAUUUACGCAAAUCAUGGGAACUAUCCGGAACCGUGGCAAAUUUUGAUUUGUAGAUCUUCUACUACAACCGAUGAACUUUCCAUUUUUCUUAAGCGCUGUUUCCAUGCAUCUAGUAAUGGGUAUAAGAACACCCUUUUUUGCAUUGCAAAUUUGGAAUUGCUUAACCUCGAAUUACAAUAUGAUCUUGUGAAUAAUAUAAGAUCUUUACGCGAGAAAUAUAAUAAUUAUUUGCUUGCAUUAAUAUGUUUCCAGGAAGCUGGGGUUCAUCAUCACGUUUUAGAUCAAUUCUCUCAAAAUGUUGUUACUACCGAUGGCCUAGGUGUUGAAACGAUGAAAGAGAUCUAUCAUCAACUAUGUCCAUAUGCUGUAUGCGUCACCUCUGACUUAUCUGGACAAGGAAAGAGUGGAUGGAUUAAGAAAUCUAGUUACAGGAAGCAAAAAGCUCCGCGCAACUUUCUUAUCAAUAAUGAAGUUAAUUUCAGUAAACUAGUGCAUCAGCUUAAAGAAUUUGAUCUACGCCAGAUGGAAAGUCUGCAUAUUAAUAUUGUAUCGAUUAAUAAUUAUAACGAUGUUAAUACGUUCUUGUUUGAGCUUCUGACGUUAGGGUUUGUAUAUAACGAAGUGGAUAUUACGUGUCUUCCACCACGAACUACUAUCUUUAUUGAAGUUGCGUCGACAGUAGAAAAUCAAUUAUUUAAACUACUUCCGAUUGCAAGUUAUUUAUUGAGGCAACAUCUAUCCUGGGACAUUGAGAAUUUAAUUGUAUCCCAUGAAACUCAUAGUCCUAUUCAAGUGGUAUGUCAAUAUUUGGAUGCGCUUGAUCAGAAUCAGAUUGAUAAAAGAGAUAUUUUACUUUGUGGAGAAGGUCCUGUUAACGAGAGUUUGCCGGCAAGAAGAUGUCAAAAAUUGUUGUCUAAAUACUUUCUUAAUCAAAAUGCAGAUAGUGUUUUGUCUUUCCGCUUUGUAGAAAUUUUUGUUAAUUUUUUAGCCGAUCAAUUGACACGAUUGUUUUCAAGUUCUCACUUUCGUGUUGAAAGUUUGAAACAGAUGGCAGGCGAAGAAAACAUAAGGAGUACGUUGGUCCUUAGAUUAUUGGAGGUUUCCAAGGACUUUGCAACUCGUUCGGUUUAUGUUAAGGCAAUGCAACAGGAGUCUAUUAAAGCGGAUUCAAUAGAUGACAUUAGAAUUGACGUUAAAUCAUGGGAUUAUUCUGAUCAUUUUCUUUUGUAUCUAGCGUCUCAAAAUCCGGACUCAAUUUGUGCUCUGUACCGAGAUAAAAAUAGGGUUGAUGAGAAUGUAAGAAAUUUCUUAAGGCAAUUUACCGACAACAAAAAGGGGGAACUCGAAGAUUACGAUUGCAUGUCCCAAGAAGAAUUGUUAAUAAAAUUGGUGUCUUUGACACGUAAGAAAAAGGAUGAUAUCAAGUUAGAAAAUUAUGCGCUAUCAUUCGACAAUUUGAUAAAGAUGGCCUUGAUGUUAUUCAGGGCGCGAGCAAAUAUUCCAGUUGUCAUAAUGGGAGAGGCUGGGUGUGGAAAGACAAGCCUAAUCGGUUAUUUGGCACGAAUUGUUGAAGUCAAGUUUCGGGCACUAAAUCUUCACGCAGGA